AUUGCCGAGCUGCGAGCAGCGAGUGGCGGCGGGCGCCAUUUCGGGGAGCAGCCGCCGGUGCCACAGCCGGGGCCCAGCCCGGGUCCGGUUACCGUUCGUCACGGUCGCGCUUCCCCUCGCUGCCUGCCGCUCUCGGGCUGACCGAGCGGCGCCGUUCAUCUCACGUUCAGACCCCUGUGGAGGGCUCCUGAGCCCUCGGGCCCAUCCCCCACCUCUAGCGCAGCCGGCGCCGCAACCAGGAGCCGCCGCCGCUGCUGCCGCCGAGCCUCGGGCAUCCGAACCAGGACAGCACCCGCCCACGGCGCAGGUAUCCUGAACAAUGGCUGAUGAUAUUGAUAUUGAAGCAAUGCUUGAAGCUCCUUACAAGAAGACUUGCCUAACGAUAUCUCACCUCUACUCCCAUGAAUUCACCUUUGAUUCCAGUGUGAACUGUCAAUCAUAAGGUAUGGAAAUAGGGAAUGUUUAGGCUGGACUGGUGGAUUAUUGAUGACUUUCUUGGGAGUCGACGUUACUAAAGCAGUGUGAAUCCCUGUUUGCUUCAGGGCGAGAUGUGUGACAGAGGUGACAUCAAGCUCUUACAACCCUUCAACGAAAAUGAGCGAAGAUCUCGGGAAUGGCAUCGGUCACAGGAAAUCCAUAGUGGCUGCUGCUAGCGUAGCCACCUGGGCUUAGGCAGACAUAUAGCCUUGGAUGAGAACAAAUUGAGCAGUGCCAAUGGCCAUGAAGAACGCAGCAAGAAGUGAAAAAAAGAGCAAGAGCCGAAGUCGAAGCCAUGACAGGAAGAGGAGCAGAAGCAAGGAACGGAAACGGAGCCGAGAUCGGGAAAGGAAAAAGAGCAGAAGCCGGGAAAGAAAACGGAGCAGAAGCAAAGAACGCAGGCGCAGCCGUUCCAGGAGUAGAGAUCGCAGAUUCAGAGGCCGCUAUAGAAGUCCCUAUUCUGGUCCAAAAUUCAACAGUGCCAUCAGAGGGAAGAUUGGUCUGCCUCACAGCAUCAAAUUAAGCAGAAGGCGCUCCAGAAGCAAAAGUCCCUUCAGGAAAGACAAGAGCCCUGUUAGAGAACCUAUUGAUAAUCUUACCCCUGAGGAGAGGGAUGCUCGAACAGUAUUCUGCAUGCAGCUGGCUGCAAGAAUUCGACCAAGAGACCUGGAAGAAUUUUUCUCUACAGUAGGGAAGGUUCGUGAUGUGCGAAUGAUUUCCGAUAGGAAUUCCAGGCGUUCAAAGGGAAUUGCUUAUGUUGAGUUUGUUGAUGUUAGUUCAGUGCCGCUGGCAAUAGGACUAACUGGACAGAGAGUCUUGGGUGUACCAAUCAUAGUACAAGCAUCACAGGCGGAGAAAAACAGAGCAGCAGCAAUGGCAAAUAAUCUGCAGAAGGGCAGUGCUGGUCCUAUGAGGCUCUAUGUGGGAUCAUUACACUUCAACAUAACCGAAGAUAUGCUGCGAGGAAUUUUUGAGCCUUUUGGCAGGAUUGAAAGCAUUCAGCUGAUGAUGGACAGUGAAACUGGACGCUCAAAAGGAUAUGGAUUUAUUACGUUCUCAGACUCCGAGUGUGCCAAAAAGGCCUUGGAACAACUCAAUGGAUUUGAGCUAGCUGGUAGGCCAAUGAAAGUUGGACACGUAACUGAGCGCACUGAUGCUUCCAGUGCCAGUUCAUUUUUGGACAGUGAUGAGUUGGAACGGACUGGAAUUGACCUGGGAACAACUGGUCGCCUUCAGUUGAUGGCAAGACUUGCAGAAGGUACUGGUUUGCAGAUUCCCCCAGCUGCACAGCAGGCACUGCAGAUGAGUGGGUCUCUGGCAUUUGGAGCUGUGGCAGAUUUGCAGACGAGACUAUCUCAGCAGAAUGAAGUUCUGGCUGCAGCUGCUUCAGUACAACCACUUGCAACACAGUGCUUCCAGCUUUCCAACAUGUUUAAUCCUCAAACUGAAGAAGAAGCUGGCUGGGAUACAGAAAUUAAAGAUGAUGUGAUUGAGGAAUGUAACAAACAUGGAGGAGUUAUCCACAUCUAUGUAGACAAGAACUCAGCUCAGGGCAACGUGUAUGUCAAAUGUCCUUCCAUCGCUGCUGCCAUUGCAGCUGUAAAUGCGUUGCACGGGAGGUGGUUUGCAGGUAAAAUGAUCACAGCAGCGUAUGUACCUCUUCCAACGUACCAUAGCCUUUUCCCGGACUCUAUGACUGCAACCCAACUACUGGUUCCUGUUCGACGAUGAAGAUGGAUUUAGUCAGUUUUGUACAUAGUUAUUUUUUGGAGGAAGAUUGAGUUAUCUUUUAUUUAGAUAAAACUAAAGGAAAGGAUUUAAUGUCAUUUUGUGUACACUUCCUGCUACCUUUAAAAAUAAAAUGAAGUAAGCAGAAAUGCAGUGUGUUCAUUCUCCCUAACUAGCAUUUCCACUGUAUACAAAGCUGUUGACUUCUUGUUCUGCCUUGUAAUUCUUGUACAUUGACUAAGGUGAUCUGUAGGAACUGAGAAGUAGCUCAUAGAAAACAAGUUCUCUGUAAAAGGCAGAUGGGACAUAAUGACAUUUUUAAUGUUUCACAAAGCCUUUCUUUUAAUGCAGCAAUUACAUUUACACUUCACUAAAUGUAGGUGAUCUGCUAAGGGUUAAUAUCAGAGGUAGACGUUCUGAAGGGACAUAUUUAGUGUUUUGUAUAAAUGGAAGAUUGGACAGGCUACUGAAAGCUGACUCUAGGCAGCCACUCAGCUUGCUUUGUGCUGAAUAAUUGGUAAGAAUAGAAGGAUUCAAGGGGGUUUAUUUCUUGAUGGUAACUUUUGAUUAAUGUAUCUGUAAAAGUUUCUUUGUAAAUACUGUGUGAGGUGUGUCUAAGUUUCCAAACAAAACGAUCUCUGCAUUUCCACAUUAAGUUUCUAUGUCUGCGGGGGGGCACAGCUGAAGGAUUUCAGCCAGGUUUGAAAAUGGGUAGGAAAUACAGAAAGAUGUUUUGUUCUGGUUGCAUAUAAUCUUUGCUCUUUUUAAGCUCUGUGAGCUCUGAAAUAUAUUUUUGGGUUACUUCAGUGUGUUUGACAAGACAGCUUGAUAUUUCUAUCAAACAAAGACUUUCAUAUUGCAACAAUCUUUGUAAGAACCACUCAAAUAAAACUCUCUUAAAAAGGC